AUGCUGCCACCACAACUCGUCGGUGAACAACUAGAACCUGAGCGUUUAUAUGAUGCUGUCAAUGUCAUACUUUCUCUGCAGAGUCCAAAUGGUGGUGUAUCAGCCUGGGACCCAACAGGAGCUCCAAAAUGGGUGGAGUGGCUCAACCCUGUAGAAUUUCUCGAGAAUCUCACGAUCGAAUAUGAGUAUGGAAACUGGGGAAUCUGCUUCAUUUAUGGAACAUGGUUUGCAAUCAGAGGGUUAGAGGCUGCUGGCAAGACUUACAAUAAUUGUGAGGCUAUACGCAGAGGUGUUGAAUUUUUACUCAAAACACAGAGAGAUGAUGGUGGAUGGGGAGAGAGCUACAUUUCUUGUACAAACAAGAGUAAACUAAAAUUAAUCUCUGGAAUUGGUUACACGAAUCUAUACACCUCUUGA